UUACAAAUAUAAUCCCUUGUUCUCUGGUUUUUGCUUUGCUCAUGGAGACUUCUGCUGGCGACGAUGCUUCCUCCACUGUUUGGGAUGAUGCUUGCUUCGACGCCAUGUUUUCUGGCGUCAGUCUCCAGUCGUUUCUCGCGGGUGGUAGCCAGAGCCACACAUUGUUGCCGUCUCUGUUCGGAGGAUGCUACGUUGCCGAUUCUCUUACUUUUCCUGACGGUAUGACGUCGUUGUAUCCUCAGGUAAGCUCUAACUUCGUCGCUGAAAGUACCGCCUCUUCCGAUGGUCCCUUCUUCAAGUUGCCUAAAUCCGAGCCGAUGAGUGUGUAUGAACAAACGGAGACUCAAGAAUCCACGUUCCUUUUUCAUGAUUCGACGUCGUUUCCUCACUUGCCCGAUCUCCGUUCCUUGGAGCAAUGUUCGUCGUCGUUUAACAAGCGUGCUCGAGUCGAUUCUGUGAUGAAUCCGUUGCAGAUGGUGGAGCCGAUGGUGCGAACAUGUGAGGGGUUCCAGAACUUUUUUGUGCCGUACGAGUACAAACACUCGCCGGAUUUAACCACUUCUGCUGCCGUGUCUCCUGCUGUUCAAAUCCCUCGCAGCGCUUUGGCUCGACAGCGUCGUCAGAAAUUGAGCGACAAGACGCGUUGCUUGCAGAAACUACUGCCAUGGGACAAAAAAAUGGACAUCGCUACAAUGCUUGAAGAAGCGUGCAAGUACGUCAAGUUCCUUCAGGCACAACUCCUCGCGCUUCAAUCCAUGCCCCGUGAAUCGGCCAUUUCUAGUUAUUCAAAUAAUCAUUACAUCACCGAGUUGUUGCGUUUUCUCGGCAGAACAGUUGGGCCUUAUCCAGAAGAUCGCGGAGAAACGAGUUCUGCUGCAGCAAAUGUCGACAUUCCGUCCCAAGCCCUAGUUUCCGAUCGAGUUCCACCGUUCGUGAUUCAGACCGACGGAACGGUGAAAGUACAAAAGAACAGCUACCUUAGUGUUAUGACUCCUAGUGAUCAUGAAAAUGAGGUACAAAAUUUUCAGUAA